CCCCCACCCCCCGUGUGCACUGUAACACAGCGAGAGGAGAAAAGGGAAAAAGAAAGCCCGUGGAUACACUCGGUGUGUGUCGGACAUGCGGCCUCGGUGAAGCGCUCUGGGUGUGUGUGUGUGUGUGGUGUGUGUGUGUGGUGUGUGGUGUGUGUGUGUACACGGAUGGAGGAAUAAUAAGCGCGGAGUGAGGAAAAGAGUCUGCACUUUCCGAGCAGCAGAGAUGUAGUGUGUGUUCUGCAGUGGGAGACUCUGAUGCCUCACCAUGUUCCUGUUCCUGCUGUUGGUCCUACAUCCUAAAGCCAAUGCUCAGAUAGACCCAGGACAGUGUCGCUACCCUCUGGGUAUGGAGGAUGGCAGAAUAAAAAACGAUGACAUCACAGCCUCCAGCCAAUGGUACGAAACGACCGGGCCGCAGUACGCCAGGCUGAACAGGGAGGAGGGUGAUGGCGCCUGGUGUCCCGCCGGUCAGCUGCAGCCGUCUGAUGUCCAGUACCUGCAGCUGGACCUUCGUCAGCUGACCUUCGUCACAGUGGUGGCCACGCAGGGCCGAUAUGCUCGCAGCUCCGGUAACGAGUUUGCCCGUAAGUACCGGCUCUCCUACAGCCGAGACGGCCAUCGCUGGAUCCCCUGGAAGAACCGCUUCGGCAGCGAGGUCAUCAUGGCCAACAUCAACACGUACGCCUCAGUGGUGAAGGAUCUCCACCCGCCCAUCAUCACUCGCUUCCUCCGCCUCAUCCCUGUCACCGACACCGUGCACACUGUCUGCAUGCGUGUAGAGCUGUUCGGCUGCCCCUGGCAAGACGGGUUAACAGCGUACAGCGCUCCUGAAGGCCACACCAUGAUGGCUCCCGGCUAUCCCAUCACCCCCCUGAACGACUCCACCUACGACGGAGUUCAGGAGCGCAGGAGGGUUCUGGGCGGUCUUGGUCAGCUGACAGACGGUGUGAUUGGUCUGGAUGAUUUCUCUCAGACCCGUCAGUACAUGCCGUGGCCCGGUUAUGAUUACGUGGGCUGGAGGAACGACUCUCUGGGCCCGGGCUACAUUGAGAUGGAGUUUCAGUUUGACAGACAGAGGAACUUCACCUCCAUGAAGGUGCACAGCAACAACAUGUUUGCGCGUGGCGUGAAGGUCUUCUCGUCUGUGUCCUGCGUGUUUAAGCCACGCCUCAUCUCCCAGUGGGAGCAGGAGCCAGUGGAAUUUCAUACGGUGCUGGACGACCGGAACCCAAGCGCUCGGUACGUGACCGUGCCUCUGGAGCGGCGAGUGGCCACGGCUAUCCGCUGCAGGUUCUAUUUUGCUGACACCUGGAUGAUAUUCAGUGAGAUCUCCUUCCAGUCCGUGACCAACCCUCUGCCCACCCUGAGGCCUCCGCUGAUGACCUCACCCUUUAAAUCUCAGACCCGAGCGCCGACUACAGUCACAGCAGCUACAGAGACCAGCACAGUAACCUCGAAGCCCCGCCCACCUGAAGAGAGCAACACUUCCAUUCUGAUUGGCUGCUUGGUCACCAUCAUCCUCCUGCUGGUGGUGAUCAUCUUCCUCAUUCUGUGGUGGCAGUAUGUGUGCAAAGUCAUGGAGAAGGGUCCGAGGCGUAUCCUGGAUGAGGAGGUGAUGGUCCACUUGCCCUGCAACAGUGACUCUCCUCAGUCUCCUCCUCUGGACUCUUUGGACUCUCCAUAUGAGCGAGUGUUUCUGCUGGACACACCCACACACACUCAGGAACGCACUGAGCUUAGAGCCAAAGCCCCGGAUUGUGGUGGUGGUUACGCUGAGCCAGACAUCACCCGCUGUACCCACCACCAGAGUCUCCAGUCCAGUGUUCCUCACUACGCCGAGACCCUGAUAGUGAAGCUGCAGGGCGUUACCGGUAGCAACACGUACGCCAUCCCCGCCCUGACCGCAGACUCUCUGACACGCAAAGACAUCACCGCGGCCGAGUUUCCCAGGGAACGCCUCAUCUUCCGGGAGAAGCUGGGGGAGGGGCAGUUUGGGGAGGUGCACCUGUGUGAGGCGGAGGGUCUGGUGGAGUUUUUAGGAGAGGAAGCUCCUCCCUUAUCCGAUGACAAGAGCUCGGUGCUGGUGGCGGUGAAACAGCUCCGAGCCGACGCCACCACCACCGCCAGGAACGACUUCCUGAAGGAGAUAAAGAUCAUGUCGCGGCUGAACGACUCCAACAUCAUCCGCCUGCUGUGUGUGUGUGUGCACUCGGACCCUCUGUGUAUGGUGACGGAGUACAUGGAGAACGGAGACCUCAACAUGUUUCUCUCUCAGAGGGAGAUUGAGAGCACACUGACCCACGCCAACAACAUCCCCUCAGUCAGUAUGACAGACCUGUUGCACAUGGCAGUUCAGAUUGCAUCAGGGAUGAAGUACCUGGGCUCUCUGAACUUCGUGCACCGGGACCUGGCCACGCGGAACUGCCUCCUGGACCGACAGCUGACCAUCAAGAUCUCAGACUUCGGCAUGAGCAGGAACCUGUACAGCAGCGACUACUACAGAAUCCAGGGCCGAGCAGUGCUGCCCAUACGCUGGAUGGCCUGGGAGAGCAUCCUGCUGGGAAAGUUCACCACGGCGAGUGACGUGUGGGCGUUUGGUGUGACUCUAUGGGAGAUCUUCACUCUGUGUAGGGAGCAGCCCUACAGUCUACUGACCGAUGAGCAGGUCAUCGAGAACAGUGGAGAGUUCUUCAGGAACCAGGGGAGACAGAUCUACCUGUCCCCUCCCCCCCUGUGCCCCCCUCCUCUGUAUGAGCUGAUGAUGCGUUGCUGGAGACGUGAUAUCAGAGACCGCCCCUCCUUCCACAGCCUGCACCAAGCCUUACGCCUCUACUCUCCCCGCUCCUGACUGACUGAUGGACGGUCCAGCCAAUCAGCUCUGACCCUGAGCCUGCCCUAACCAAUCAGCUCUGAGCGUGAGCUUGCAGUCUUGCCCUUGAGGAGAAAUGAAAACUGGACAGCUUUGAUGUGGACGAGAGAACCCUUGACAAUGAUGAUGAUGAUGAUGAUGAUGAUGUCAUUUUGAGACACUGUGUUUUUUUUCUUCUUCAGUUUGAGUCCUGGAGCAGCACAGAGUGACACAGAGGGGUGUCGGGACUCCAUGUGCCUCCAGUCUGUAGACACUUGAGAUGUUUUUGUUUUUUUGUACGUCUUUUAUUUCCUUCUCCUGUCCUUGUGAUAUGAUGUGUCUCUGAGCCUACUGUACGCUCACGGCCUUAAAGUCGCAGUUCAGCCCUGAAUGAAACGUACACACCUUUAUUAUCAAACCCAGAUACAGCCGUUUCGGUGUGUGAUGAUGUAGGCACGAUGUUAAACCCAUUGCUCUAGUCUUCCAGUACUCAUUAACUAGAUUAUCUACAUUAACCUCUUUAACCUGGCUGAUCUGGGGUGUGUGUGUGUGUGUUUCCUUUUAUUGCUGAAAUGUUCCUUUAAGUAACCAACUGGAGGAGUGUGUGUGUGUGUGUGUGUGUGUUUGUCAGCCCUGUGGUCCCUCAUCACUCAGCACUACUGCCUGUGUGUGUGUGUGUGUGUGUGUGUUCACUCCCUCCCUCCCCACACUGGAGUUAUGAAUGAAUCCUGACUAUAAUGUGGAUUUUGUGUUUAUAGUUUUCUGUACAUGAAUGUUCUACAGGCUCAUCUGAGAGAGCAGAACUACUGUCAUAGCUAAACGAGUGAGCGCUUUCCCGUGACAGAGAGAGAGAGAGAGAUUCAAUCCCAUAUUCAUCCUUGCUGCAGUACUGAAUUGUUCAUGUAUGUUGAGGGUGCCAAAACAGUCUUUUACAUUGCUCAGAGUUGUAUGUUUCUGAUGUCUGGAAGAUUUCACAGUGCACUGGCAACUUUAACACACCACAGACACCUCCAGCAGUGCAUUCUGGGUAGGGCUGAACAAGCU